CAUGUGUCGACAUGGCGGCCCCCAUGGCAGAAGGCUGUAGGGUGUCCCUGAACCUGGCCCGGAGCUUCCGAACGGCCAGGCCGCGGCUCGCUACAGUCGCGUCUGAUGUCUUCUGUGUCCGCACGGGACCGAGCCGGCUUCAGAGCACCGGACCUUCCGAGCCCAGUGGGUUCAAGCCACCUCCGAAACCUGUCAUGGUGGACCGGCGCCAAGCCCCGGAGGAGCAGAGAAGGUUCCUGAGUCCUGAAUUCAUUCCUCCAAGGGGCAGAACAAACCCUCUGAAAUUUCAGCUAGAACGAAAAGAUAUGCUUGACAGGAGAAAGGUGCUUCACAUCCCAGAGUUCUAUGUCGGAAGCAUACUGCGUGUCACCACAGCCGACCCAUAUGCCAGUGGAAAAACCAGCCAGUUCCUGGGGAUUUGCAUCCAGCGGUCGGGAAAAGGGCUUGGGGCUACUUUUACCCUUAGAAACACGAUUGAAGGACAAGGUGUGGAGCUUUGCUUUGAAUUGUAUAAUCCUCGAAUCCACGAGAUCCAGGUGGUGAAGUUGGAGAAGCGGCUGGACGACAGCCUGCUGUAUUUACGGGACGCCCUCCCUGAGUUCAGCACCUUUGAUGUUAACAUGAAGCCGGUCCCACACGAGUCCUGCCAGGAAGUGCCUGUUAACAAGCUCCAAGUUAAAAUGAAGCCAAAGCCGUGGUCCAAACGCUGGGAACGUCCAUACUUCAACAUUAAAGGGAUCAGAUUUGAUCUUGCUUUAACUGAGGAGCAAAUGAAAGAAGCCCAGAAGUGGAGCCAGCCAUGGCUUGAGUUUGAUAUGAUGAGAGAAUAUGACACUUCAAAAAUCGAAGCUGCAUUAUGGGAAGAAAUAGAAGCAUCAAAGAAGUCUUGAUCUUGGGAAUGGUGAGGUGGCUGCUCGGGCCUGAUGACCCGAGUUCAGUUAUGGAGCCUGGAGUGGAAGGAGAGAACUGAUUUCUCAAAGUUGCCCUUUGUCUUCUACAUGCACACCCUGGCAUGUGUGGACCCAACUUGUAUACACAUGUAAAAAUAAAUUUUUCUUUUAAGCCCUUG